UUCUCACAAAGAAGUCCAUCCAGUUUUUCCUGAAUGCACACAGGUUCUGUGUUUAUUCUCUCUUCAUUUCUCACUGCUGUGUGUGAGGAGAGGUUGCGUCCUACAGCUCAGAUACAGGUUGUGACAGCACGAAGAAUGGCUUCAAUUGGAGACCCACCUCAAGAAUCAGAUCUGAGGAUUAUCAUAAUUGGACCCAGUGAGGUUGAUGUGGCUUCAAUUGGAAACAUCAUCCUUGGGAGAGAGGUGUUUGGAUCUCAGAGUAGCAAGUGCAUAAAGAGGGAUGGAGAGAUAGCUGGUAGAAAAUUAACAGUAGUAGUCACACCUAAUCGAUGGUCCAGACUUCCACUGAUUGACACAGUAAAGCGUGAUAAGCAAGAGCUAAUGCUCAGCAUGCUUCUGUGUGAUCCUGGACCUCAUGCCAUCCUUCUAGCCAUUGGUGAGGAGGAGGUCACAAAGGCUAUGGCUAUCUCAAUGAAGGAACACAUGGAGCUUCUUGGCCAGGAAGUUUGGGAUCAUACAAUAUUAUUAUACUCUUCUGACAACCAGCAAGAAAAAUGUGUAAAGGGAUCAGGAGCAGCUUUCAAGAGGAUUACAGAUAAAUGUGGAGACAGAUAUCAUGUUCUCAGCAACACAGACCAUGGUGACAGAAUUCAGGUCACAGAGCUACUGAAGAAGAUAGAUGAGAUGCUACAGAAAAACAAAGGCAAACACUGUGAGAUACACAGGAAGAUCUACCUUGUACAGAAAUGGAGGGAAGCUGAAGAUAAUCGAGCAGAACAAAGACUACUAAUGACUCAGAAGCACAGAAAAAUGCUGAGAUCAAAAAUGGUAAGCACAAGCCACAGUUUUGAGGUCAGAGUUUUGCUAACAGGUUAUCAGUUUUCUGGAAAGAGCUCAACAGGAAACACAAUCCUUGCACAGGAGGCAUUUAUGACAUUUCCCAAAAGGAGGAUGUCAAAGUGUGUAAAAAGUGAAGGAGACGUUCAAGGAAGGCAUGUUACUGUAGUGGAUAUUCCAGGCCGUUGGAGAAUUCACCCAUUCGCAUACACUACUGAGCUUUGCAAGCAGGACAUAGUGCUUAGUGUAACUCAGUGUCCACCAGGCCCCCACAUUGUGCUUGUGCUUGUCCGUUUAGACACUUCAUUCACUGAAAUGAACAGAAGGACAAUGGAGUGCCACUUUCAGCUUUUUGGUGAGAAUGUUUGGAGAUACACCAUGGUGCUGUUCACAUGUGGGGACUUUCUGGGAGAAACAACGAUUGAGCAGUUCAUUGAGAGUCAAGGGAAAGCUCUCCAGUGGCUAGUGAAGAAAUGUAACAACAUGUACCAUGUGUUCAACAACAACAAGAAGGACGAUCGCUCUCAGGUUUCUGAACUGCUUGAAAAGAUUGAUGAGGUUGUUGCUAGUAACGGUGGUGGCCAUUUUGAAAUGGAUCAGAUGAUUUUGCAGGAGGUUCAAGAGAAGAGGAAGAUUGCAGAAGACAAAGCUAAAAAGAGGAGACUGAAGACACAAGAGGAGAAAAGAGGAGCAACUGGUUCAGAAUCUGAAAAAGAAGCCUUGUCUAGUGAUCCUGAGGUCAACAUUGUGCUAAUUGGUUAUAGAAGAGCUGGAAAGACCACAGUUGGAAACAUUAUGUUAGGCAAAAACAGUUUUUCCAGACAAAAGACUUUUCAGAGUGAGCAGCAGCAUGGACUAGUAGCAGGAAGACAGGUUGUUGUAGUAGACACUCCAGGCUGGGACUGGGACCAUGAUUUGGAGGAAACACCUGAACUUGACUGGCAGAUAGUAGAGAGUGUUCAUACUCAUUGUUCCAAAGAUGCACCUGUUGUUUUCCUUCUGGUUGUGCGAGCAGCUUUUCCCUUCAAAGAGGUGAACAAACUCAUUACUGAAGAAUAUCUGCAACUUCUUGGUGACUCUGUCUGGAAUCACACCAUAGUGCUGUUCACCACUGGAGGCUGGAUGGAAGACAUAGACAUAGAACUGCACAUUGAGAGUGAAGGGGAUGCGCUGCAGUGGCUUGUAGAAAAAUGUGGGAACAGGUACCAUGUUUUGGACACUAAAGAGAAGAAAGAAGACGUGCAAGUCCCUGAGCUGAUGAGAAUGAUCGAACAAGUAGUGGCAAAAAACAAGAGCUGUCCUUUUCAGUUAGACAAAGAAAUCUGUGAGAGAUUUGAGAGGAAAUGUUCCACUGUCAGCAAUCAACCCUCACAAAGGAUGUUACAAGUCAGAGAGGAAUAUGGCAGCAUGAGCCAGUUUCGACCUAAAAUGGAUGAUGGCUAUGAUGAUGAUGAUAAAAGUUCUGGCUAUUCCUCAGCUAAUUCUCUGCAAACUGAGACUUCAACCACUCCAUUAUUAAGGGGUGAGACAGACACCAGUCUGGAAUCUAUAAGAGAAUCAGCAGAAGACAAGAGGCUGAAAACUGAGACACUGAAAUUAACAAUAAAAAAGGAACUGUGAAAGGACUAAAAGCAGCAUCAGUCACAAAUACAAAGUAAAUGCACUGGAUGAACUGACAUUUUUAUUAUGUGUAAUUUGAUCCAGUGACAGAUGAUUAAGUAGGAAAUGCAGCAUCUAAUAAUAAACUAUUAGCAACAACAAGUGAUAAAAAUCUACCACCGUAUUCUACUCAAUAUUAUAUGUAGUCAUUUUGGCUUUCCUGUAUGUGCAAUAAAAUAAUUAAUGUUUUAAUUAAUUAAUGUUAAAAACCUUUUUAAAAUGUGAUUGUAUUAGUAUUUUAAACAGUAUUUAUGCUUCAGUAGAAACAUUAUAGUGGAUUACAUAAUAUGUAUACUUUUCUUAUUACUCGCAUAACCUCAAUAUAAAGUUUUAUCUAAGUGAAGAAUUAAUGUCAGUAAACGUUUGUAAUACUAAAGUCAGAAUUUAUACCUUUUUAUAUAUUUGUAAAGCAGAGAAACCUGCAAACCAUGUACUCAGAAUACAUAGUUACUUAGAAAUGUCUUGAUAUGUUGUGACCAAUAGAGGGAGACAUGCUACAGGAAAUAGGGCUCUAUGUUCUCACACGACAUGUGCUGUUAUUAUUAUUAUUGUUAUUACUACUGCUGCUGUUACUACUAUUACUACUACUACUACUACUUGCACAUAUUAUUCAUAUUGUACUUUAGCAAUGAGAUCAUGUAACGUUUGUCAAAUAUCUUAACUGAAUAACAAAUGAAACUUUGGCAGACAAAAUAUGUUUCUGAUUUGAACUGCCAAAACAUUAUAAAUAUCAUUUGUAAUAAGGCAAAUCCACUAUUCGUCUGCAGUCAUUUUGGUUUUAUGUAUGCGGGUGAUUCUGUUUAAAGGUCAAAUGUUUGUGUAGGUGGAACAUGGCAUUUUGACUUGAGAAGUAUUUUAAUGCUUGGGAACAGUAACUGUUCUACAAGACUGUGUGAUGGUGAGGAGAGAUCUACAGUCCACUACUACUCAGGAUUAGUGCGAGUAUUUUUACGUUAACACACUGCUUAUUCACUGUCUGAAUUAAUAUACCAAUCAAUAAACGUUAAU